GAAAGACUAAACACUUUGCGAAUGCGUUUACCGAGUUUGACGAUGACAUAUCCCCGUCAUUUUCCAACAUUGCGCUGGCAUUCUAUAGCGGAUUAUGGGCUUACUCCGGUUGGGAUGUAGUAAAUAACGUGACCGAGGAGCUUAAGGGUUCUAGAGACCUCGUGCGUUCUAUCUUCAUAUCUGUUCCGCUGGUAACGGUGCUCUACAUUCUGACAAAUAUCUCCUAUUUUACAAUCAUGUCACCGCAACAGCUAUUGCAAUCACAAGCUGUAGCCGUGACGUGGGGCGGAUUCGAUGCUGGUGUGAUGGCGUGGUCAUCCGGUGUUCGUCGCUAUAUCCGUGUUCGAUCAAGCGGAACG